ACUAAUCACUGCAAAUUCACGACUGUCCUACGCCGGGGAUACCGUCGCUUCGGCUGUUUGUUAAAUAUUGCUACGAAAUCAGCAGAUUAGCUUGUAAUGUAGUAAUAAAAUGACAAAAAAAUAUUACAUUUUCUCCAAACCGUAACAUUAUACUUGUUUAAUCGUUGAACCGUGCGUACAUAGAUUUAUCCGACUGAUCGAGUGCCGCCACGUCAAGAAAACUACAUAUUCGCCGGCCGCACCGACUUCGUACGUGUCUCGUUACAAUGUUUUGUUAUUUUGUCUAUUUUAUAGUAAAAACCCGUACGAAUCCCGUUUUCCAUACAACCCUCUCGGCGAUUAUUUGAUCCCUUACGUAUUGCGAUUAGCGACAAUACAUUGCUUUGUUGACCGUCGUCAAAAUUUGUAACUGUUACCGUGCAAAAAAAAAAUAUCCCCACCGCCUAUAAUAAUUAUUUUCAGAUGCAAGAUAAUAUUGAUAUUUGUUUUAUACUUAACAUGUUACCUAUUUACUCAUCCGAAUGAGAAUUUGAAACAGUAAUAUAAUUUUGAUUAUAUUAUCGUCAUUGAGAUAUCUGAUCGUGGUCAUUUCAACAAAAACCCAUUGUGUGUUAAUCCCUUUAAUAACGUCGCCCAUUUGUGGUACCAUUGAUUCUAUAAUAUUUACUUGUAUACUUAUUGGCUAUUACUAUUGUUUUUUUUUUCAACAGAACAUUUUGAUUAGGUAACUAUUACAUGUUGUAAUUUUAUUUGAAAUAGCAUUUUUAAGCUAUAUCUCAUAAGAAAAUGUAAUUAAUAUAACAUAUCAACAGUUUCUGCUAAUUUAAAAUUACUGAACAUGAAACAAUAAUUUUUAUUAUUUUGGAAAAAAACUGUUUUUAUGAAAUCAUUUUUACAACCCUAUUAACGUAAUCUAGAUUCUCAUACAGUUGUACAAUCAUGUCAAUGUUCAUAUUUCAUGUACCUAUAUAUAAUUAUUAACAUAAAUUUCCGUCAACUAUACAUUUGCUCUAUGACAAUCAAAUUUAGACAUCAUUUUUUUGUUUCUUUUUUCUAGCGUGAAAUAAUCAUUUUCAGUCGGUGCAAAGUAACAUAUUUAGGAACUAGAUACACACUUAAUUUUAGAACUUUGACAUAGUUGUAUAAGAAUUAUUUUUUGCUAAAAUUAACAUGACAAAUGUUUUUUAAAUUAUUUAUGAAAUAAUCAUAUUUGUUUUAACAGUAUCUAUAACAAAAAAAAAUGUCUCAGUUUUUGGACUCUGAAGCCGAGGAAAGUGAAGUAAGUACUUAAAUUAUAAUUGAUGUUACCUAUUCAAAUUAAUUUAAAUCCUGUUUAAAUUUUUAAAUGUAAUUUACAUUUAAUAUAAAUAUGUAUUCUAAAAUAAUUUUUAAAGGAUGACGAAUUGGAUGAAAUCGAUAAAAAGAAAGUUAAAAGAAUCAAAGCAAUGGAAAGUGAUGAUGACGAUGAUGAAGGUAAGCUUUAACAAUAUUAUUUGUGUAAUUAACAAUUAAAUUUAACGUAAAAUAAAUUUAAAUUUCUAUUAUUUUGAAAUAAAACUGCUGCAAAAAACCAUCAUACAAGAGGUUAUAAAAUAAAACAUUUUCAAACUCGUUGAGUAUUUAAAUAUUAUUUGACUUAGUUUUAAUUUAAGAGAGAUCAUAAAUGCAUUUGUGUUUAAAACUUUGAUAUUUUUGACACAUAUUUUGUUACAAUUUUUCAUAACCCACAAGCCUUUUGUGUUUACUUGUAUAUAAAAUAGUAUUACUGAUGAGGUAUUUUAUUUUCAUAGAUAAUAUGAUUGAUGGUUUUAUAUCCCAAAUUAAAUUCAAUAAUUACAUUAAUUUUAUUCAAACAAGCUGUAAAUUAUGUAUAAACAGAAAGACUGUAUAUGUACAAUAUUUAUAAAUAAUAUUACUCAAUUUAUUUAUUGUCAUUUAAUACAAUUUUUAGUUUAUAUUUAUUUUCAAUGAUGACUAACACUGCGCAAAUCUGAAACAUACUCUGUUUCCAAGUUCUGGAAGAAUUUGUUGAGACAUUGAGUAUGUACCUAUAUGUCUUAAAUGUUAACUGAGAAAAUAAAAAUUAUUCAAGGGGCAAUUAAAUAAAAAGCUUCCCGCCACAGUCUGUUGAACAACACACAGGCAGUUUUGCACGAUCUAGUGUGUAUAGUGUAUAACAUGGUUUUUCUUUUUUCUUACUUUAAAUAAUAUACUAAAUAAGUUUUUAGAAAUUUGUUUUGAAAAAAUUUAAAAAUGUAUUUUAUUAUUUAUAGUUAUUUUUACUUAUGUGGCCAAUUGAGUUUACUGACAAUUUCAUUCCACUUCUCUGCUAUGUAUAUAUAUAUUUAUAUGGCAAGUGUUAUAUGAACAAUAAUAUGAACAAUUAUGCAUUAGAUCAAUUAAUAUUUUUGUCUUUUCUGUCAUAACAUAAUAUUAUAAUUUUAUAAAAUUAUGUACUUUGUAUUUUUGAUUCCUACAUAUGAAAAAAAAAUUAUUUUAUCUUAUUAUAAAUGCUCUACGAUUUAACUAGAUGAUGAAGAUAAAAUCCGUGAAGAGCUUAAGGAUUUAAUUGAUGAUAAUCCAAUUGAAGAAAGUGAUGGUUCUGGUGAUGAAUCAGAUGGUUCAAAAAAAAGAAAAAAAUCCGAUGAUGAAUUUGAUGAUCGCCUAGAAGAAGAUGAUUAUGAUCUUAUUGAAGAAAAUCUUGGUGUUAAAGUGGAACGAAGAGUAUGUUUAAUUAAUUAUUUUAGAUAUUAAUAAAUGAUUUAUUAUUUUUAUAAAUUUAUAUAUUAGAAACGAUUUAAAAGAUUAAGGCGUCUAGAAGAUGAAGAAAGUGAUGAUGAAGGUACUGGUGAAAAUGCUACUGAAGAUCGUGAAGCUAUUGCCAAUACUUUAUUUGAUGUGUCUGAUAAUGUAAGUAUUUAAAAAAUUUGUUGCACUCCUAUGAUCUAAAACAUAAUUUACUACUAUUAAUGUUGAUAACUUUUAGGAAGAAGAAAGAACAUCUGACCGUGCUUCUUCUAGAGUUGAACGAGUAGACAAUUAUAAUGUUGAAGGUGAUGAAGAAGGUGAAGAGUAUUCUGAUGAAGACGAUGAUGGCUUUAUUGUAGAUGACGAAGGACGACCAAUUCAAGAAAAAAAGAAAAAACGCAAACAUGUAUAUCAUGAUGCUGCUCUUCAAGAGGCACAAGACAUUUUUGGUGUAGAUUUUGAUUAUGAUGAAUUUGAAAAGUAUGAUGAUGACUAUGAAGAAGAUGUAUCUGAUGAUGACUAUUUAGAAGACGAAGAAGAUGGUGAAAGAAGACAGAGACCAAAACCCCAAAAGCGUAGAAAGGCUACAAGGAAAUCAAUUUUUGAAAUUUAUGAACCGAUUGAACUAAAAAGAGGACAUUUUACAGAUUUAGAUAAUCAAGUAAAAAUUUGUUAUAUUUGUAGAUUUAGUUAUUACUUUAUUUUGGUUUGACAUUAUUUUUUUCAUCUAAGAUUCGUAAUAAUGAUAUACCAGAAAGAAUGCAAUUACGUGAAGUUCCAGUAACACCAGUACCUGAAGGUUCUGAUGAAUUAGAAGAAGAAUCUGAAUGGAUUUACAAACAAGCGUUUUGUAAGCCAACUAUAACAACACAGGUAAAAUUUAAUUUAUUCUUCAAAUAUAAUAAAAUAAAAGUUUCUGUGAUUUACUGCUAAAUUGAUUAACACAUAAAGAUUAUACAUUUUAAACACAUUGGAAUUCAAAGUUAGUUUAAUAUGUAGGUUUAAAAUAAAUUUAAUUUUUAUCACAGAAAACAUUUGAUGAGUUACUAUUAUUAUUAAAUAUUACCAAAAUCUGUAUUAUCACAUUAAAAAAAAAAAGACUGGCCACUGUUACAGGUCAGCAAUUAAAAAGAUAUGAUAUAGAGGGAAAUUUAAAGUAUAUCUAUACACAUUAAUUACAAGCAGAAAAAGAUUCUGAGUAGAGUUCUGUUAUACAUUGCUUGAAAGACUUUAAUAUUUAUGAUUUUCAUCAUAAUUCUACAGUAUACUUAAUUUUAGUAGACUUAUAAUAAAUCUCCUAUUCAAUUUAUAAGCAUUUCUGUUUGAUCUAACAAUUUUAUCCACAGAGUACCUACCAAAAAAAAGAAAAAUAUAAGCAUUGUAAAAACAAAUGCAUUUCUCACUCCGUCCAGAAUUUAAAAUUAUAAUAAAACUCUAAUUUGUCUUUUACAAAAAAAAAAAGUUUUAUAUUGUAAUUAUAUUAUUAGAAUAGCAAAUACAUAAGAUAAUCUAUCCAGCUCCAACUGAUAAAUCAUUUUCUAUAAUAUAAUAAUUAAUAAAUAAUGAGUUUUUUUGGGGUACCCAGCACUUGGUUAGGUUUUAACAUCCCGGUACCCAGCCAGCUUUAAUCAGUUUUUCAAAUUUUUAAAUUGAUGAAAUACUUACUAAUAAUAUGAAAUUUUAAGUUUAAAUAUUAUAGUAUAUGUUAUAUAUAAUUUAAUAUAUUUAUUGUUUAAUUCUAUAAUCAAAGAGAAAUCAAUUCUAAAAAUAGAAUGUAUGUACUCGUCAAAAAAAUAAAUUUUAUAGUACCUUGACAAAUUUGAUACCUAUUGCAACUUUAUUAAACAAUAAAUUAAUUUUUUUAGGAAAAUAAAGGUGGUGCAGAUCCUCGACUUCAAUCUAAGAAAGGGCCUCAAACAAUUGGAAAAAUUAAAAAAGCUUUAGAUUUUAUGAGAAAUCAGAAUUUUGAAGUUCCAUUUUUAGCAUACUACAGGAAAGAGUAUGUCGAACCAGAACUUGAUAUCAAUGCUUUAUGGAGAGUUUACCAUUUUGAUGCUAAGGUAAAUUGUGUAAUAUUAGAUAUUUAAAAGUCUAUUAAACAAUAAAUAUUAGUUAUAUAAUAAAAAAAUUCUACUUAUCUUUUAUUUAGUGGUGCCAAUUAAAGUCUCGUAAAACUAUGCUAGUUGAGCUAUUGGAAAAGAUGAGAAAUUAUCAAAUGGAAAUGGUAAUGUUGGAUACAAAUGCUCCUAUGCCAGAUCACAUUCGUAUUAUUAAAGAUGAAGAUAUUGAUAAAUUACGUGCAGUGCAAACAAAUGAAGAACUUAAAGAUAUUCAAGGUCAUUUUAUGCUGUACUAUGCUAAUGAUGUGCCUGCAAUGCAAGAUAGUAUUCGAAACAAAUCUAGAGAAUUAAAAAGAAAAGCCCGAGAGUUAAAAGAAGAGAGAAGAAAACUUGCAUUAGAAGCUGGCGAAGAAGUACCAGAAGAUGAUGAAGAUGCUGGUAAUUUAGAUGAUGAUGACUUGAAUAGUGAAACUGUCAAACCUGCAAGUAGUUCAGGACCAUAUACAAUGUGUCUAAAAGCUGGACUGGGUAUGUUAAAAUUUUUAGUUAAAUCUUAUUCGAUAAGUGCUCAUGUAUUAAUGUUUUAGCUGGUUUUGCUAAACGUUUUGGUUUAAAACCUGAGCAUUUUGCUGUAAAUGUUCGUGAUAACUACCAAAGGCACGAAGUAGAUCAAGAAUCUGUUGAUCCAUAUAAACUUGCUGGUGAAUACUGCAACGAGUAAGUACUUAUAAUCAAGUGUUAUGUCUUAUACCAUAAACAUUUUCAUUUAUUUAUAGAUUAUUAAAAACUCCUGAAGAAGUAUUAAAAGCUGGUAAGUAUAUGGUGGCGUGUCAACUUUCUCGUGAGCCACUCAUAAGAAAAUGUUUGCGAGAAACAUUCUUUGAUCGAGCUAAAAUGAAUAUUGUGCCAACUAAAAGAGGUAUCAAAGAAAUAGAUGAAAAUCAUAGUUGUUAUUCGUAAGUAAAUUAUUAUAGUUAUAAUUGUAAUGUUUAAAAAUAAUAUUUGAUGACCCCAUUUUCAAAUUAAGAAUGAAAUAUAUUCGACGUAAGCCAGUAAGAGAUUUAGUUAAGGACGACUUUUUAAAGUUACAAAUGGCUGAAGAUGAUAAACUGCUUACAAUUUCAUUUGAUGAAGAAGUUGAUGGUCUUGGUUCCCUUCCUUAUAUAGAAGAAGUCAAACAACUUUAUAUAAAAGUAAGUUGGUUUUCUGUAAAUUGCAAUUUAUAAUAAAUAAAAUUCUAUUAAUUUAUAUUAUUUUACAGGAUGAAUUUAGUUCUAAUGUACAACAAUGGAAUGAUGUACGACACGAAUGUGUUGAUCUAGCUUAUAGAAAAUUACUAAUGCCAGAAAUGGUAAAAGAGCUCAGACGAAAUCUACUUGCUGAAUCUAAAGAAUACGUAUUAAAAUCAUGUAAACAAAAACUGGCAAAUUGGAUAGCUGUGAGUAUCUCAAUAAAAUAGCUAAUUCUUCAGUUUUAUUUAUUUAUAUGUAUAUAUUUUUUUUUUUUAGAUAGGUCCAUACAAGCCUGAAGUAGAUGAAGAUGAUGAUGAUUGGGAUACUAGCAAAGGCAUACGAGUAAUGGGGUUAGCAUAUUCUCCUGAUCAUGAACAAGCAUCAUUCGCAAGCAUUCUAUCACCUGAUGGUGAAGUCCUUGAUCAUUUACGUUUACCAUAUAUUAUGAAAAGAGCAUUUAAUGAUGACAUAAAAGCAAAACGAGAUGCUGAUUUCAAUCACAUAAAAAACUUUGUAAUGUCUAAAAGACCACAUGUAAUAGUCCUUGGAGCAGAGUCCAGAGAUGCAUUGUGGCUAGUUAGAGACAUUAAAGCAGUUAUUGAUCAAUUAGUUAAUGAUGAACAAUUUCCUCAAAUACAAAUUGAAAUUCUAGAUAACCAUCUAGCUAGGAUUUAUGCUAAUUCUAUCAAAGGAGAAGUGAAUACAUUUUUCUUUUAUUUAAUUUUAACAAACUGUUUUUUAAUUAUAUACAUUUUUUAGAAUGAAUUCAGAGAUUACCCACAACUUUUACGUGAAUCCAUAUCUUUAGGGCGUAGAAUGCAAGAUCCAUUAGUUGAAUUUUCUCAAUUGUGUACAACAGAUGAUGAAAUAUUGUGUCUUCGCUAUCAUCAAUAUCAAGUACUUAACAAUUUAUUAAUUAAUUGAAGUUAAGCUAAGGGGAAAAGUUUUGAAUAAGCAUGAUAUUAAUAUAUCAUACAUGUCUAUUAGAAAUUUCAAUUCCCGCCCUCAUCAUUUGUAAGCAUAAGUUUUAUAAUUUUUAAUAAAAGCCGUAUAGAAGGGUGUAAAGGUCUAAAAAAACUUACGAAAUUCAAUAUGAGCACCUCCCCAUUUAUUUUAAUUUCUAUGAAAAUAUGGAUUCGAUAACUCAUUCUCGUCCCGUGCCACAAUAGGGUUGAACUAUGGCAUAAGAUGGUUGUUUUUUAGUAAUUUUUUUUUCGAUUAUCUUUAAGUAUGUUGCUAUUUAAUUUUUAUUUAUUUAUUUAUAACCAAAAUACAACAAAAUAGAUCCAUUUCAUUAAAAUAUUCAAUCUUUAACCAAAAAAAAAAAAAAAGAAUGUUUUUAUUAUCUCAUAAUAUGUUUUUAUUUUUAAUUUUUUUAUAUGAAAUAAUGAGUUACAUAGAAUUUUUAUUAGAGCAUUUUUUUUUAGAUAGAAGUAUUAAAAUUAUCUCGCUUUAUUUUUCCAAAUAAUAGAAAAAAAUUAAAGGGAUAAGUUUUCAAAAUACAUAUUUUCACAAAAUUAUUUUUUCAUAUUAAUUAAAAAAAAACGUAGGGAGAGUAUUCAUUUUUAAUUUCUCAAGAAAAUGUCAAGCCUAUAUAGAUUUAGCCCACCCUAAGCAAGAGUCUCUAAUUUAAUAUUCUUAAAGGGUCAUAUUAUGAAUCUGGACAUUUUUCUUGGUUAUAAAAAUUCAAAGUUAAAAUUAUUUCAUUAUAAAAUUAAAAGUAAUGAAAUCAUAAUCAAAUAUUAUUUCUAUUAGAAACGUUUGUUCACAGAUGAAUAAAAAAAAGAGAGACAUAGUUCGCAUGUAGGUGCAGUCGCUGUUAUAGGUGGGAAAAUGGGAAGGGAGGCUACAAACGGAAAUUUAAUAUAUAUCUGUAAGCAAUGAAAAACCAUUGCUAACAAAAAUAUGAUUCUGAGCUGAAUUCAGUUAAAAAUGUUGCUCUGUCAACAAUAAAAUAUAUGGUAUUAUGUCAUAUUAAGGUAAAAUAAUAACAUAAGAUAAAUACAAAUGGUUUUUCCUCAUUAUUUUGAAUAUUAAUAAGAAUUUCAAAAAAUUACCUCUCUAAAGUAGUAACACCCAGAGAAAAUUUCCUUUCAGAAAGAUUCUAUACUUGAUAAUAAGAGUAUGCUCUUUGGUAGAAAGUAGUCACAAAAAAAAAAACAAUAAUAAUUGUAAUAAUACAAAUAAACAUGAUUGUAAGACCUAAGCUUCUUUGCUAUAUUCAGAACAAUCAGAAACUAAAAUAAAAUCAAAAUUAUAGUACAGAUAGAAAAAAAAACGUCUGCAAGCAAUGAUAAACCAUUAUUCACAAAGAAACAAUUCUGAACACGGUUCAGUUGAUAGUGAUGUUUUGUCAACAAUAUAUAUGUCAUAUUAUGGUAAAGUAAUUAAGUAGGCAUUAUAUAUUUUCUUUAAUAUUUGUUUAAUAUUAUACCAAUUUUCAUAGUUUUUUACAUUUACUGGGAAAACUCUUGAGAAAAUCAAAAAAUGACCCCCCUAAGUUACCAUGGAGAUGAAAUUUUCUUUUGGUACACUUGAUAAUUGAAGAAAAAAGUUUGAACAAUAAAUCGAAAAGUAUUUUGCGAUUAAAAUAGACCGAGCGAUCAAUAGCUUGGGUCUCGUAAGUACAUCCAAAAUGCAUUUGUUUUUCCUUGUUUAGGUAAAUGGGGAAAAAAAAUGCAAACAAUUUUUUUUUGAAACGCUGGUUCGAACAGUACUUCAAAUUGUGUAACAUGAACUGUGUUCGGAAUCUUCUUUUGUCAAGCAAUGGUUUAUCUUUGCUUACAGAUAUAAAUGAUAAAUGAAAUAACCUUAUAUAUCCUACUACCUUCCUAACUUCUCAUCUACAACAAUGACCGCUCUUUUUUUUUUGUUUGAAAACACUUCUUCGUUAAACCAUUAGCCUGCAUAGUAACUUUUAAAUAGUUGAACUUUUUGAAAUAUACAAUUUGUCUGUUAAAUUUUUGUUAAAUUACUUGUGUCAAACUCAUUUUUUUCAUCGCGAACUUUUUUUAAGUUUGAAAAAUAUCAUGGUUUGUUUUGUUACUAAUAUUUUUUUUAAAUAAUUCCAUUUAUUUAUAAAAACAGUUGAUAACUAACUUUAAGCGACAAAUAAACUUCUAGUCUUCUUAACGUUUCAAAUUCAAAGUAUUGUUGUGUUGAAUGUAAAGAAAUAUAUUUCCUAAAUUACCUUGAUGAAUGUUAACCAUUGUUGGCAUGUCGGCGUCGAUUGUAACAUAGAUAUUUUUUUUUUUUCCAAAUCCAUUGUAUAUAUCAUGAUAUGUACCUGUAAUGAUUACCUCAGGUAAUCUCUAACAAUGUAGAAUUUUACCCUGGAAUUGUUCAGAUACCACGCAUAAAUUGAAGCUGAGCUGUAUCUGUGAUGCCACCUGAUUCAUCCAAAGCUAAAAAAUAAUAAUCAGCUAUAGGUCUUGUUUCAACAGUUAGUAAUUUUCUUUGGUCCUUAUUUCAUUAUAUUUCUUAUGUUAUUAGAUAUUGAUAUCAGAAUACGAUGAAAAGUUUCAGUGAUCUCCUUUUUAUUUUCAAACUGUACAUUGAAAUUGUUUAACAUGCAUUUUUUAACAAUUUCAGCAUUUGUGAAUUGCUUCACAUGUUUGUGCAAGUGUCCACAAAAUAUUCAAAGAUGCCUGAGCACAUUUCUUUUGUUCAGUCAUUGCGUGACUUAAAACUUGGAUUGUCAAAUUAUAUUUCAUUUGAAGAUUAUCAAUUAUUAAUUUACAUACUGAAAAAUAAUUUAUCUAUAGUCUCAUAAUAACAUUUAAGAUAGACAAUUUUCAGAAGUCUCUUGUUUAGCUUAGUGAAAUAAUACAAUAUAAGUCCAUCCACUCAGGCAAAAACUGUCUUAUUUUUACCAUCAACUUUUCUUCUUUCUUAUUUAUAUUAUUAGUCAUCAAAGAAAUAAAGUAAACAGUUAACACAACAAUAACUAUAUCACUGGAAAUUGACAAACUGACCGCUGACCGUUGUCAAUAUGUUAUCGACUGACCUAAUUCAAAGUUUAAAAAUAAUAUUAUAAGCGAUAUACGACAUGUUUCGCAACCAGUUAACUAUUCUGCAUUCUACCGUACCAAUCGCUUAUAUGGUUGUCUUGGCGGUGGCGAGAUCAUGUGUAUGUUGCUGUGCGGAUGGCCAUUACAGUAUUUAUAUACUAUCGAGUUUAACUUUUUUCUUUCCUUGUCUGUGGGCCGCCAUAAAACAUUUGGCAACCCCUACAGUUCAAUAUAGUACCCAGUUGGUUAUUAGUUUAAAUAAAAUACUUCUAUAAUAAAAAUUGGAUAAGGAAAAUACAACUAGUGGGAUAACAUUUAUACUCGUAGAUGUUACAUUUGACUUCUUUAAUUAAGAAUUUAUUUCUAUUUUUUCAAUGAAGCAUAAAUAUCUUUUAAAACAACUAAAAAAUAUUUUACAAAAAGAAACUUUUAUGCAUAAGCUGGUAAAUUAUAUACAAUAUAUUAUUACAUGUGGGUUUUCAUCAAUGUAAUAAGUAAAAAUGAUUAAUAAACGACAGAAUAUUAUAUAAUAAAACUAACUAUUUAUUAGAACCACUUUAGUAGUAUUAAAUUUUCAAACUGGGUAUCUUAAUAUAGAUAAGAUCAAGUGAUACUUGUAAACUGUAAAUAUGGUUUAAAUGUAUUACAUUUUUAGGAAGUUUUGAAUCAAGAAGAAUUACUUGAAGGAUUAUAUCAAGAAUUUAUUAAUCGCACUAAUGAAGUUGGGGUUGACAUAAAUGAUGUUGUUCAACGAAUCUAUGCGCCUAAUUUAUUACAAUUUGUCUGUGGUUUGGGUCCUCGCAAAGCCACUGCACUAAUCAAAUUAAUGAAACAAACUAAUCAACGAUUAGAAAACCGAACCCAACUGGUUACUUCAUGUCAUAUGGGUCCUAAGAUUUUUAUUAACUGCGCUGGAUUUAUUAAAAUAGAUACAAAUUCUUUGGGUGACAGUACUGAAGCAUACGUAGAAGUUUUAGAUGGGUCUAGAGUUCAUCCUGAAACAUAUGAAUGGGCCAGAAAAAUGGCAGUAGACGCUCUCGAGUAUGAUGAUGAAGAAGCAAAUCCAGCUGGAGCGUUAGAAGAAAUUCUAGAUGCACCAGAAAGGCUUAAAGAUUUAGAUUUGGAUGCAUUUGCAGAAGAAUUGGAAAGACAGGUAGAUUUUUAUUUAUUUUUUGUUUUAGCAUAAUAAGUUUUCAUUUUUGUUUUAUAUAUUUUAGGGUUUUGGUAAUAAAAGUAUUACUUUAUAUGAUAUACGUCAAGAGUUAAAUCACCGGUAUAAAGAUAUUAGAGUGGCAUAUAAACCUCCGAAUCCCGCACAAAUUUUUGAACUCCUCACUAAAGAAACUCAGGAAACAUUUUUUGUUGGAAAAAUGAUUUUAGCUACUGUUACUGGAAUUGCUCGAAGAAAACCACAAAAUGAUCAAUUAGACAAAGCUAAUCCAGUGAGAAAUGAUGAAACUGGUUUAUGGCAAUGCCCAUUUUGUUUUAAAAAUGACUUCCUUGAAUUAUCUGAUGUAUGUUGACAUUUACAUGACAUUUUAUAAAUUUUUAUUUUUAAUAUUUAUUUAUGGUUUAAAACAUUUUAGGUGUGGAACCAUUUUGAUGCUGGUGGUUGUCCAGGACAAGCAUCUGGAAUUCGUAUAAGAUUAGAUAAUGGCAUUAGUGGUUUUAUAGCGAUGAAAAAUUUAUCAAAUACACAUGUAGCUAAUCCAGAAGAUCGUGUUCGUUUUAAUCAAGCUAUACAUUGUCGAAUUAUUAAAAUUGAACCAGAUAGAUUCUCAUUUGAAGCUACAUCUAGAAGCUCUGAUUUAAAAGAUGAAGAACAACAGUGGCGACCUCAAAAGGAUCCUUAUUAUGAUCACGAUACUGAAAAGCAACAGCGUAAAAUUGAAUUGGACAAGAACAAAAUGAAAAAUUCUCAGACAUAUAUUAAACGCGUAAUUGUUCAUCCGUGUUUCCAUAAUGUAUCAUUUGCUGAAGCUGUAAAAUUAUUAAAUAACUCUGACCAAGGAGAUGCUAUUAUAAGACCAUCUAGUAAAGGUGCUGACCAUUUGACUGUUACUUGGAAAGUAGCUGAUAAUGUUUACCAACAUAUUGAUAUUCAAGAAAAAGGCAAAGUCAAUGCUUUUUCACUAGGACGUUCACUUUGGAUUGGAACCGAAGAAUUUGAAGACCUAGAUGAAAUUAUUGCACGCCAUAUUACUCCAAUGGCUGGUAACGCUAGGGAAUUACUACGUUUCAGAUAUUACCGAGAUACAGAGGGUGGUAAAAUUGAUAAAGCUGAGCAAAUACUUCAUGAAGAAAAAGCGAAUAAUCCAACAAAAAUUCAUUAUAUUGUAUCAGUGUCACAGGUUUGUUGUAAUGUAAAUCAACUGUUUUCUGAAUUUCUUGUUUUAUAUUAUUUUUACAGAAAUAUGCAGGCAAGUUUCUUCUCUCGUGUUUACCUACUCGUAGAUCAAAACAUGAAUAUAUAUCUGUUACACCAGAAGGCUAUCGUUUCCGUAGUCAAAAUUUUGAUUCUAUUGGUUCUCUAUUCCGAUGGUAUAAAGAGCAUUUCCGAGAUGCUACACCUCAUGUCACCCCGGUAGCAUCUCGAUCUGCUGGACAAAGUUACGGACCUUCUCCACAUUUAGGUAAGUGAUUCAAUGUCUGUAAAUAUAGUGAAUGUAUUUAUUUUAUUUUUGAUAAAUAUUUUAGAACCUUCACCGAUGAAUCGAAGUCAUAGUAGCCACUCAAAUUCUACGCCUCAAUACUCUCAAUCUCCACAUGCAGCUUAUAAUAGUAUGCAGACAUCUGCAUACAAUACUGUAAAUUUUUAAAUCCAACAAAUAUAUAUUUAUUGUAUAUUAACAAUUCAUUUUUACACUUUUUUAGCCAUAUACGCCAUCAGGGCAAACUCCUUAUAUUGGCAAUUAUACUACUCCUCGUUAUGGUGCUGCUCCAACACCGGUUCAUGAUGGUGUAUUUCUUCAUCCUAGCUCUCUCACACCGGUUGUUCAAAGCAGUCCAAGGCCAUCCACCUCUAAACCACCUGUAUCAGCAGAUCCAAAUGAUUGGCGACGAAUGGCUGAAGAAUGGGCUAAAGCUAAACAACGAGGUGAUGGAGGAUACUCUACUCCUAUGUCUGAUGGGGGACGACACACACCUCGAAACAGGUAGAAUAAUUGUAAAAUUAGUUCAGUCAUAAACAAUGACUGUGUGAAUACAUUUUCAUGUGAUCAGAUUAAAUACUUAUUCUACAUUUAUUUGUGUAUUGUUAAUCUCAUUCAUUAACGAUUUCAUUUUGUAAUCAUUAAAACAAAUAUUGAUUAAUAUUUAUUUUUUCUGCUAUAACCAAUGAAUUUUCAUGGUUAUAAUGUAAUUAAUUAAUGUAUUAAAUAUAUAGGUAUAACAAUCAUCGUUAUAAUACAAGCAGAGAAAGAGAAUCGAGCAGCCCACGCAGUGAUGCUCCAUCACCUACCCCAAGUGCCUCAUCAUACGGAUACCACUCGCCAGCACCAUCAAAGAACUAUAAAAGUGGUUAUACAACUUUGUCUCAUCAUUCAACAAAAUCACCACGAGGUCCUCCAUCUAAUGUUGGCACACCGUAUGACCCUUUUACAAUGGAUCCUAGUCAAGAUUCACCAAGUGCAUAUUCAUCAUCGUCACGUACGGGACGCAAUGAUGAAAAUGGUCCAGAUAUGAGGUAUACAUCACCUGGAGAAAGAUGGACUCCAAGAUCUGGCCGUUCAACUCCCCAUACUAUCAAUAGCCCUAGAUCAAUGAUUGAAUCUUCUAUGGGCGAUAACACGCCAAUGUAUGAAGACUCAUAAAUGGAUUUUUUUAUAUAAUUCAGGCCCAUUACAUAAUAUUUAUUUAUCAAAUGAAUAAAUAUAAUUACCUAUAUAUAUUUCUUAAAAUUACAUUAAGAGGGAAAUUCUGUUACAUAUUAAAUACUACAAUAUUUGGAUUUGGUUUUUUUUGUAUUAAUAAAUUUUAGUGUAUUAGGUAUGCUGAAAAUUCCGUGAUUCAAAUUAAACGUAGAAGAAAUUGAAAUACUAUAUUUGUUCAUUAUUGACAUUUUACAUACAUAAUAUGCUGUUUAAAUAUUUUAGUUAAUAAAAUAAAUAACUUUAUGAUUAAUAAUUAUACAUAUUUAUUAAUGGAAUGUUGGUCGCAUGUGUAACAUUUUUUAAUUUUAUAAAAUAAGGUACCUACAACACAAAGUGACAACAUAUUUUUUUUGUAUUUUAAUUUAUUGUAAUAAAGAAAUCAUCAAUUUUAAAAUAUUAGUUGUUAUAUUUUAAGUGAAAUCAACUUGAAUUAUUUGUCCCCAAAACCAAAUUUUGGUCCUUAUCUGAUUUAUAAUAAAAAGUUAAGAUUCUAAACACGAAAUUUUAUAUGUACCCAGAUACCCACCUAUCAUUUAUAUUGUAGUUUUUUAAAUUUUUUUUGUUAUUUUAUGCUGCAAUCUAACAACCUGAGUUUAAUAUAAUGUAGGUAAAAUGUGAAUAAAUAAUUAUCAAAAAUUGUGUUGAAUUUCAAACUUUCUGUAAUUUUUACUCAUGUCAUUAUAAUAUAAUACUUAAUAGACAUAA